CUGCGGAUCGUUGCGCUUAUCUCGGCCGCACACGCGCAGGUGGGCGUGCCCGGAUCAGAGAGAGAGAGCCCUGCCACCUGGGUGAACGUGCGCAUGCGCAGAGCGGCCGGGAUUCCCGGCUGCUUCCCUCCGCAUCAGCCUCGCGCGCGUCAGAACGUUGGUGGGCUCCGCGGCACGCGCCUCUUCUGGAAUCAACAACCGCUUUUUAACGGUCGCUUUUUACUUUUUUACUGGUAUUUUUUCACAGAAAACCGCCCACUGGACACGUUAACCACGCUCCUGACCUUUGACCCCUCCGCGUCCUCCAAUGUUUCGAGGAAGCCGUUUUCCUGGUCAGUAUGAGUACCCGUUGCCGCGGUGACCCCUCCCCGCCGCUGGGAUGCACGUUAUGGGAAGCGUGUCCCCGACCGAGGGCUCCGCCUUUCAGGAGGAGGAUGUAGCCGUCGCCGUGGCAACGUCAUCGCCUCCGCCUUCGAGGUUUUCCGACAUCAAAGAAACCGGCACGAGAUUAUCCGAUCCUCCCCCUCCUCCACCUCCUCUUCCUCCUCCUGCUCUUCCUCCUCCUCCUCCCCCCCCCCUGCUGCCUCUGGCUCCAGGGCUGGGAGACUCCGUUGUGGGCCUGAUGAAGAAGAGGAGGGUGAGGAGUUUCUUCUGGAAAACAAUCCCUGAGGAGCAGGUCAAAGGUCGCGCCAACCUGUGGACGCAGCGCAAAGUGCAGCGGCAUUUCCACAUCGACGUCCAGAAGAUCGAGGAGCUGUUUGGUCAGAACGACAGUCGGACGGACGCCACGUCCACCAGAGGAGGAAAGAGCAGGGCCUCCUUCAGAGAGGCCAAAGAGGAGGUCUCCAUUCUGGACGCCAAGAGGGCAAUGAACGUUGCCAUUUUCCUAAAACAGUUCAAAAGGUCCAACCAGGCGAUAGUGGAUGACGUUCGGCGUGGCAACAGCGCGUCCUUCGGGGCGGAGCCUCUCAGGGAGCUGCUCAAGCUGCUGCCCGAGGCCGAGGAGGUGAGGAAGCUGAAUGGGCAUGGAGGCGACGCCUCCAGGCUCCCGCUGUUAAAGGAGGAGUUUCACGGAGCCUGUGAGGCCAUGAGGCAGGAUAUCAAGAUCCUUCGCUCCGCCACCAAAGAGUUAAUGUGCUGUGAGGAGCUCCAUGCUGUUCUCCACUUGGUGCUGCAGGCCGGAAACAUCCUCAAUGCCGGCGGUUAUGCUGGAAACGCGGUCGGCUUCAAGUUGUCCUCCCUCCUGUCCCUGGCUGACACCAAGGCCAACAAACCGGGCAUGAACCUGCUGCACUUUGUGGCUCUGGAGGCUCAGAAAAAAGACGAGAAGCUGCUGCAGUUUACUCUCAAGCUGAGUAACGUGCAGGCCGCCUCCAGGAUCCAUCUGGAAACGCUGGACGCUGAACUGCAGCUGCUGACCUCUCGGACCUGCUCGGUAGAAGAGAGAAUCCAGAAGGACACGGAGCUCCUGCAGCAGCUGGACGGUUUUCUCCAG